AUUAUUUAAUUAUCUAUGAUGGCAACAUUAAAAUAUACCUCGUCAAAAGAAAAAUGCCGCUGCCAAGAAGAAACGUAAUGAUAAAGGUAUUUUGAUAAUAAUUAUUACUGUAACAAUCAUCAUCUUGUGUACAUAUACUGAGUUGGUUUUCUGCGUUGACAGUGGAAUUCGCGUAUUUUCUUUUACAAGUCAAGUACACAAUAGAAAAUGUUCGAAAUGAACACAGCUGAACCUAUGCAGGUGGACGUUCCACCUGAAGAUAAUGAGAACAAUGAGACAGAGUGUUAUGUGGUUGAGAAUCCCACCUUGGAUCUGGAAACAUACGCCGCAUCGUACACUGGUUUCGCUAAACUCUAUAGACUGAUGUUCGUAGCCGACCAUUGUCCUUCCCUUAGAUUGGAAGCCCUGAAAAUGGCUAUAUCUUACGUCAUGACAACAUACAAUGUUAGUCUUUACCAAACACUUCACAAAAAGCUUGCAGAAGCAGUUGCUUCGGCUGGGUUGCCUGAUGUUGCAGUGCAAAUGGGUUCACAAGAUAUACCAGUUCUGGACUCUAUGUGGAUUGAAUCAAAAACCAAGAAAGCUGCUAUCAAGUUGGAGAAAUUAGAUACAGACCUUAAAAAUUACAAAACGAAUUCUAUAAAGGAGAGCAUCCGAAGAGGUCAUGAUGACCUCGGUGACCAUUAUCUUGAUUGUGGUGACCUUACAAGUGCAUUGAAGUGUUACUCAAGAGCCAGAGAUUACUGUACAAGUGGCAAACACAUUAUAAUGAUGUGCCUAAAUGUUGUGAAAGUGUCAGUGUAUUUGCAGAACUGGGCCCAUGUCCUUAACUAUGUAUCUAAGGCAGAGGGUACUCCAGACUUCAAUGAAGUCCCUGGCAAAGACUCUAAUCAGUCAAUAUUGACUCGUUUAAAAUGUGCUGCUGGUCUUGCUGAAUUGGCCACCAAGAAGUACAAGUCUGCUGCUAAGCACUUCCUAGCAGCCAGCAUUGAUCACUGUGACUACCCAGAACUUCUAAGCAGCAACAAUGUUGCCAUAUAUGGUGGAUUAUGUGCACUUGCUACUUUUGAUCGUUCUGAAUUACAAAAGCAAGUCAUAGUUAGCAGUUCUUUUAAAUUAUUUUUAGAAUUAGAACCGCAGUUACGUGACAUAAUUUUUAAAUUCUAUGAAUCUAAGUAUGCUUCCUGCUUAAGGCUAUUGGAUGAAAUAAGAGAUAAUCUAAUGUUAGACAUGUAUUUAGCACCACAUCUAAACUCCCUGUACAUGCAAAUAAGAAACAGAGCACUGAUUCAGUACUUCAGCCCAUACCUGUCAGCUGACAUGCGCCUGAUGGCUGCAGCAUUCAACCGCACUGUAAAUGCUUUGGAGGAUGAAUUGAUGCUAUUAAUUCUAGAUGGUCAAAUCCAGGCUCGUAUUGACUCUCACAACAAAAUAUUGUAUGCGAAAGAUGUGGAUCAAAGGAGCACUACAUUUGAAAGAAGUCUGGCUAUGGGCAAAGAAUACCAGCGGAGAACUUCUAUGCUUAUUCUACGUGCUGCUAUGCUCAAAAAUCAAAUCCACGUGAAGAAUGUUGGGAGAGACACAGGCCCUCAAAGUGGUGAAGCACCAGGAUCUAGCACCAGCCUCACUCCUCGUACUUUUGACACAGUGCCGUUGUGAUGACUUUACUCAGGAUAUAGUUUACUUAAAGUUUUCGUGACAAUUUAAAUACUACUAGCAACCAAUAUAGAACAAGCAUUUGAAAGAUGAACAAUUGUUGUGAAGUAUUUUGAUAUAAUACCAUCUAAGUGAAAUUGUAUUUAUAUUGUCACGUGAAAUCAGAUCUUAUUUUUAAAAGAACUCUUUUGUGUACUGAACUACUAAGUAUCUGCUUUUGUUUUUGUUUAAUGAGACUGCAGGAGUAGGCCCGCAAAGUUUUAACAGUUCUGCCACAGCAAACUACUGAUAAUAAUUAUUGUUUUAAGGAAAAUGUUUUAUCAGCAAUCACAGAAACAUGAACAGCUGGUGCAAGCAUUAUCUCUCAACAUUGUUUAUACUGAAUUAUUCUAUGUAACCACAAAAUAUUAUGUCUACGUAAUUUCUAAUUAAAAAGUAAAGGCAUAAA